GCUUUGGUGCACCUUCGAGCUCGGUGCCUUCUUGAAAGACAGCGGAAGAGAGAAGCCUGUGGAGUUCCUACCGGUUUCAGUGGCGUUUCAACUCUUGCUGCAGUGGGCCUUCAUGACGCUUCUCUGCCUCGCUGUCCAAGUCUCACUGUACAUCGAGGAAGCCGCUGAUGCGGAACACUCGUCAGACGCUGCCCUUCUUUUCUUCUUCGUUUGGGUGCUCCCCGCCGGCCUCGGCAUCCUUCCUGUUCUGCUUCACUACGGCCUGCAGCACCUCGAGGACGUCCAGCAGCUUGGUGAGCAGCUGGCCAACUUCAGCGUGAGAGAUGCCGGCUGCACCUGCUGCACCGUGGACCAUUGCGACCCACCCACCGGCAACCAGCUGCUUUGCGACCGGGAGCUCAUUUUCCGAACGCUGAAGAGGUGGUAUCGAAACAGCGCACUGGACUCUGGCGAGAAGGACCAUCACCUGGAUCGCUUCGAUGCCCUCGUCCGAGAACGGCUGAGCUCGUCAGUGCUUCCCCUGGUUGGCGCUGGGGCUCCCCCUGCAAGGUACCGGAUGGCACUCUACCUGCCACUCUUGACAGCAAUGUUUCCACAUUACCUGCACCUUGGGCGAGUCCGGCUGCGGGGCUGGGGCCUGGUACAAUGGUUGAUGGCGUAUGGUGCCUUUGCUGCGACCGCCCUGUUCUUCUUUUGGCUGUGUUUCUUCUGCUGCCGGUGGAGUGUGAAGAAGAUUCGCAAAGCAGUCCCCAGGUGGGUCGUCAUCCCCGCCGUGCAGUCCUUGGUCCUCUUGCUCCCGAUCGCUUUUUGGCUCCCAUACCGGGCAGUGCUUCAGAGGACCGGGAGCAGUCUGGCAGCGGGCCUUGUGCUUUCCUGCAUGUGGCUCAUCCUCCUGUGCCUGUCCUCGACCCUGCAGCUCCUCGCUUGUUGGCGCAGCCAAGGCCCUUUGAGCCAAACGGCUGCUCGGUGUAGGGCUCCCCCCUUUUUUUUAAGAGUCGGGUGCACGAGGUAA